UGAUUCUACGUAGUACCCGUAGUUCAAUGCUGUCAAUGCGGAAGCCGCUACGGCGCUAACUGGUAUUAUUGUUUUUAUACUAAAUUACAGCUACAAAUAUAUAAUAUAGAGGCAGUGUAUUAAAUACCAAGUUACGUGGCUUUGUAAUAUGUUAUUUGACAGUGCGUCCAUCUGAAAUGGGAUGCUUUAGCUUUCUUCUCCUAACUGUUAUAUUUGGGUGAACUGUGUAGAAAGCGUCAUGUCGGUUGCUAGCUAGCAAGUUAUCUUAGUAACUUACUCGUCCCUUAAAGUGUCCGUCAACCAGCAAAAUGAAAGUACGGUCAUCUGUUUUUGCCUCGUUUAUUUUAAUACUUGAAGUGAUUGGCAUUGCCCUUUUCCUGCGGGGAUUUUUCCCUGUACCUGUCAAGUCUUCUUUCUCAUCCAAGAGCAAGCUGUCAGAUCUGCCAGCGGAGCCGCUGACAGGAAGCUCCCCCAAUUCCUCUCGCCUCCCUCAACCCCUUUUUAAAAGGGUGGUUAUAAUGUUAGUGGAUGCCCUCCGGGAGGACUUUGUAUUUGGACCCAAUGGUCGCAUGUAUAUGCCCUACACCAGACAUCUGGUGGAAAGAGGCUCAUCGCACAGCUUUGUGGCCAAGGCAAGACCUCCGACAGUCACCAUGCCCAGGAUCAAGGCUCUUACCACUGGCAGUAUCCCAGGCUUCAUUGAUGUGGUAAUGAACCUGAAUUCUCCUGCACUGCUGGAAGACAACCUCAUUUGGCAGGCCAAAACAGCAGGGAAGAGGAUAGUCUUCUACGGAGAUGACACCUGGGUGCGCCUCUUUCCCAAACACUUCAUGGAGUACGAUGGCACAACCUCCUUCUUUGUAUCCGACUACACUGAGGUUGACAACAAUGUGACCCGUCACUUGGAUAGCACCCUUAAGAGAGAUGACUGGGACAUUUUGAUCCUCCACUACCUAGGCCUCGACCACAUUGGUCAUAUCAGUGGACCCCACAGUUCCCUCAUUCAGCCCAAACUGCUAGAGAUGGAUGACAUCCUGAAGAAGAUUCACAGUGCCCUCAUUUCAAAGGAGGCAGAGGGAUCCUUGCCCUACCUGCUGGUGCUGUGUGGCGACCACGGCAUGUCGGAGACCGGCAGCCACGGGGGCUCCUCAGAGCCAGAAGUCAAUACGCCCUUGGUGCUCAUAAGUCCGACCUUCAAAAGAAAAGUGGAAAUGGAGAAGCCUGGAGUGGUGGAGCAGGUUGACCUGACUCCGACCCUGGCCCUGGGACUCGGCCUGCCCAUAUCUCAAAACAGCGUGGGCCGUGUCAUCCCGGGUGUCUUGGAAGAAACCUCACUCCGAGACCAGCUGCGCUUCCUGCAUCUCAAUGGCCACCAGCUCAGCUGUCUGCUCAAAGACAGCAUGCCCGACUAUGAGAAAGAGGCAGGUUUCGAGCAGUUCCGUGUGGCAGAAAAGGCUCAUGGGAGCUGGAUGAAGCUCUACCUGGAGGGCAACACCUCGGAGGUGCUGACCAACAUGGGCAAAAAGGUCCUGAAGCAGUAUCUGGAGGCCCUGGCUGCCAUGAGCUCAGCCCUCAGCAAACAGCUGGGCAAGUACGACAUGUACUCGAUGAUCGCAGGCAUGGUGUUUGUGUUUCAGCUUCUGUUGGUCUUACUGCUGGCUAUGCCUGAAGCCCUCAGUGGUGAAGCAGCAGUGGACCUCCCAGUCCUCUCAGCCCUGCUCUCCCUGCCUUUCUACCUCUUGUGCCUGCUGCUCGCCUCAGUGCAUGUCUUGGUGUGCACAUCUGCUGAGAGCUCCUGUUACUUCUGCAGCCUCUCCUGGGGUCUCGUGUUUGCUGCUGUUGCCUUCUCCUCUGCAAUGUUUUGUAUUCUGGUCUCCAUGGCAACACGGCGACUCCCACUGGGAUUGAAGAUUCACGGGAAGUCUCCAUUGAGAAUCAGUGGCAGUGAGUGGUCGCUGUCAGAGCUGGAUGUUUUGCUGCUGGCCGGCACGGUCGGACACACUCUCAGCUUGGCGGCUAGCAGUUUCGUAGAGGAAGAGCACCAAAUCUGGUACUUUCUGCUCAGCACCCUCUGCCUCGCCGUCUUCCAGGAUGUCUGCCGCAAGUACUUCAGAGAGCACAAAGGCUCUGGAGAUGAAGAAGAAUAUACCCUCCCUUCCAAAGAUUGUCAUCCCUCUGCUCACCCCAAGGCAGAGAUUUGCUCAGAGAAGUGGCUAGCGUUAGCCACCCCUCCCUUUACUCUGGUCUGCUGCCGACUGCUGCGCUCCCUCAACCAGACCGGGGUGCAGUGGGCUCAUCUGCCUGACGUGGGACAUUGGCUCAACAGCUCCGAACACAGGACCGUACUCUCUCUGCUGGCUGCUUUCUGUUUGGUUCUUAUCUACCUCCUGGUUCAAAGACGGUGCUCAUGGGUCUCCAAGGUUGCCCUCGCUCUCGGACUUUUGGGUGUCUACAGCUACAGGGCAGCUGUCGGCAAUGUCUUGUUUCCCUGGCAACACUCUGGUCGAACUAUGUCCAAGGGAACAGUGGAGGCGCGCUUUGUUUACGUCUUCGUUUUGGGCAUCCUCUUCACGGGCACCAAAGACCUGUUGCGAUCCCAGAUCAUCACAGCAGAUGCCAAAUUGAAGAGCAGGGGAUUAUGGGAGAUUUACAGUGGCUUGGUUUUGUUAGUUUCGAUGUUGUUCCGUGCUCACAACCUGCCAGUCCUCUGCUGCUGCCUGUUGAUCCAGACGCUCAUGGCUCAGUUUAUCUGGAAGAAACUCCAUUAUGAUGCUGCCCAAACCACCAUCAUGCAUUACUGGUUUGGUCAGGCCUUCUUUUACUUUCAGGGCAAUUCCAACAACAUUGCCACUGUCGACAUUUCAGUCGGCUUCGUUGGACUGGAAAGUUACGUAGAAGCACCUGCCAUCUUCUUAACGGCCCUCAGCACUUACGCAGGGCCCCUGCUCUGGGCGUGUCACCUCGUCUGCUACCUCAGCUCAGAGAGACACAGGAGCCCGGUUGCAGUCGGCCAUGGCUGCUACUGUUUGGCCCUGCUGAGGUCUGUGCCAGCUGCAGCCUACAUUGUGCUGGUAACUGUUUUGCGGUACCAUCUCUUCAUAUGGAGCGUCUUUUCACCCAAAUUGCUGUAUGAGUCCAUGCACCUGCUGCUGACUGCAGGAGUCUGUCUCUUCUUCAACACGAUGGAGCAAAGCCACAGUUCCAGUAAGUCUUAGGGAGCCAAGGGCGCACAUCUUCCCUUAAGGGACUCCCUUAAGUUAAAGGGUCGGGCACAGUCUCUUAAUACUGUGUGUAAGACUUUCAGACUGAGACACACACUACAAUAUGCUUACCCUCACUCUGUAGUAUACUGAUCUGUUCACAAUUUGUGAAUAGACGCUUCAGAAAGCAGCCUUCCUCUGGACUCUGUAUGUUUGGUUUGCAAGAAAAACUUUGAGAAUGCACUUCUAAUGUAUUUUUGAGCAGUGUAUUCAAAUAUUUAAUUCUGAAAAUGUUUGGGGAUCAAUAAAAGCAAAAUGACGUAAAGAA